GAGGGAGCUGGAUGCUCUUUGCAGAGGUCAGGUCCACCAGGGAGUUUGUUUGGAGGCCACUCCUCUGCGUUUCAAGAGUUUGGAGGAAGCUGAAAAGCCUGAUUUGGGGCAUGAAGAGAGUCCGAACCGGCAGCUCGUUUGGCUGGGGUUGGAGCAGAUCCAGGGUCAGAACCUGGGAGCACUGCUGCGCUCCGCGUACUUCUUGGGGGUGGACAGAGUGGUGACGAGCCAGAGGAACAGCUGCCCCUUGACUCCAACAGUGAGCAAAGCUAGCUCUGGAGCUGUGGAAGUCCUCGAUGUCUACAGCACCGAUGAUCUCCAGAGCUUUUUGAAGGCUAAAGCUGCAGAAGGCUGGGAAGUCCUGGGAACAGUCAGCAAGCCUGAGGAUGCAGAGAAUAUCCCUGUCAUCAGCUGCUCGGAAUUUCAUUGGAAUAAGCCUGUCAUUAUAGUAAUAGGUAGUGAAGGGGAUGGGCUGUCCCUGGAGACACAGCUCCUGUGCCAUCGGAUGCUGGCCAUUCCCCCUGGCAGAGCCCUUCACCCCGGGAUCGAGUCACUGAACGUCUCUGUUGCUACUGGUAUUCUCCUGCACUCCAUCUGCAGCCAAAAGCUGAGGCAUGGUGACUGA